AUGUGUGCUCAUCGGCGUCCACCCGAUAAAUUAAGUGAACCUGAUUUGACUACAGUAUGGACCCCCGUGUACUAUGGCGAUUAUGAAGAUUUGAAGGAAAACUGGAACGGUUCAAGUGCAAGAUUUGUAGUAUUUUCAAAUAGAAAUGGUGGUCUAACACUCAAGGAUACUCGGACUAAUUGUAUUUACCAAAUAACGAAUCAUUAUCGAGUUACAAUUGAUGGUCGAACAUAUAGUGGACGUCCACUCUGUAAUCUGAUAAAGAGCAUUUAUGAAGACUAUGGUGGAUUCGAUUUUGCAUCCUUCACUCAAGCGCCUUCUCUGAUCUAUAUUGAGGAUUUGAAACAUUUCGCAGCAGACAAAAUGCUUCAACCACUUACUUUAUCGUCAAGUAGAACAAAGACAAUACAGAAGGGAGAUUUUGGCCAUGUCAUGAGAGCGAUUCAUCCUAAAACCACAUCUUUGGUGUGGCAAAUGUAA